AACGAGAAAGAUCAUAUCAAAAGUCAUGUCUAUCUUAACCUAAAUAAAUUCUCUUUACUGGCGCAAGUUGUUAUGUUUUUCUUGUUUCAGCCUUUGGCCCCUUAACCCUAGCCAUAUUUUUCUUGCUUCCACCAUUGCUAUUCUCAACAAUGGCGGGUUUCAAGAAGAGAGAUUCAGUCGAUAAUCAACUACAAAAGAAAGAUAACAAAUCCAAGUUCAAUAAAUUAUCAGGAAAACAUGGUGGAAGAGAUGGGAAAAGGAAGAAGAAUACUGGACCUCGGUUACCUUCUGCGUUUAGAAAACAACUAAAUGAUUUCAAAAACCCAAAUUUACACAAUAGUGAUGAUGAUGAUGAAAUUUUUGAGUCUGAUGAAGAUGAAGUUAACAUUGACCAUGAUUUCUAUGAGUAUGAAGAAGAAGUUGCUGAAGAAGAAUCUAAGAAGAAUAAGAGGUUUGAUCAUGUUGAUAAUUAUGAGUAUGAGCUUCCUCAGGAUUUUAAGGAUGAAGAAAUAUCAUCGGAUGAUGACGAUGAAGAUGUCCUAAUCCAUGGUGAGGAUGAUGAGGGCUCUGAUGACGAGAUCAAUGAUGAAAGAAGACAUGCCAGAAUGCUCAAAGAUAUUACUGGAAUUCCAGCUGAGGCAUUUGAAGGAAAGAAGAGGAAGUGUAAUGUUGUUUCAGAGGCUUACCCAGAAUCUGAAUUCAACCCUAGUCGUGAUGUUCUUAGUGGUAAUAGUCAGAUUAGCAUUCAAGACCUUUUGGGUCCUCUUUGUGGAACUUCUGGUUACAACAAACUUAGGAAAAGGAUUGAAAUUGUGGACAAGAAAGGUGCAACAGUUCAAACUCCACUUCCUAAACCACAACGAGAGAGGGUCGAGAGGGAGGUAGCAUAUGAUGAUACAAAGAAGCAUAUUACUAAAUGGGAAGGUCUUGUGAAGAGAAACAGAGAAGCUCCCACCCUCUAUUUUGAAUCUACUGGUGAUAUGGGACUUUCUACUGUGGGAGCCAUGGCUUCUGAGUUCAAACCCCGAUCUGAUUUUGAGAAGGCAAUUGCAUCAAUAUUUGAGAACAAAGAAUUUGCGGAAGCUUACAAGACUGAUGGUGCCAAGCUUCUUGAGCUAAACAAGAUAUCUGCUGAAGAAGUGAAGGACCGCCAUAAUAGUCUUGCUAAAAUGCGGAGUCUUCUUUUUCGUCAUGAAAUGAAAGCAAAACAUAUUAAAAAGAUCAAGUCUAAGACUUAUCAUCGAUUAAAAAAGAAAGAAAGAUUGAAGGGAGCUUUGCUCGAUAUGGAAGUCGAUCCUGAAGCUGCUAGAGAGCAGGCCGAAAAGCAAGAAAGAAGACGAGCAGAAGAACGCAUGACGCUGAAGCACAAAAACCAAGGCAAAUGGGCUAAACGAGUCCUAGAGCGUGGUUUGAGCAUACAAGAUGAAGGUACUCGAGCUGCUGUAGCUGAGCAAUUGCAUCAACAUAAUCUUCUGAAAAGAAAAAUGAAUUCGGUGAAGGGUAGUAGCAGCAGUGAUGAUAGUAGUGAUGAGGAUGAUGAGGAUUAUAGUUCUGAUGAGAAGGGUGAAGCUAAGCUGCUAGCUAAGGCGAAGGAAAAAACAAUUAAGUUGAUGGAACAAGAGGAAGAACUACCCAAUUCUGGCGUGUUUUCGUUGCCUUUCAUGGUACGAGGAUUGGAGAAAAGGAAGCAAGCUGCUAAUGAAGAAGCAAAGAGUGCUCUUGAAGAGUAUGAGUCAUAUUUAAAAAAGGGUGCAGUAGAUAGCAUAAAAAAUGGGACUCCAAGUGGAAGGCGAGUGUUUGGUGCAACCCAGAAUAAGGUUAGAGAGGCAAACAUUAAACACAGACCAGAUGUGGACAAUUUUGGCAGUGAUAGUGAAGAUAUCAUUGAAGAAAAGGAUGAUAUACACGUGGAACCUGUAAAUGGUAAUGACAAGGAUAAGGAUGUUGACAUUGACUUGGAUGUUCUUCGUGAAGGUUUGGAGACUGAUAAUGAUUCAGCAUUUAAAUGUGUUAUUGAUGUUGUGGAAGACCCUAAGCCAAAGACCAGUCAUGCUGUCUCUAUUUUCACAUCUGGGUCUUGGAAGAAGAUAAAGAGUGGAAAUAAAGGAGAUUCUAGUGCUGAUGCCAAUAUCAAGAGUAUGCCAAAGGGAGCAAUAACUUCUCGAAGCUGUGAUAGCGGAGAGGAAGCGGAGGACAGCGAUACAGACAGUGGUGAGCAUAUGAUAGAUGGCAUGCUGUCAUCAGGGACAAAGCAAACUUAUGAGCUACCUUCAAAUGAAGAGUUAAUAAAGCGUGCAUUUGCGGGAGAUGAUGUUGAGGUCGAAUUUGAAAAGGCUAAAGAUGAUAUUUUGAAUGAGGAGAAUCCUGAGCCAGAGAAACCUGUUUUGCUUCCUGGAUGGGGUGAAUGGACUGAUGUUCAGAAGAAAAAAGGUGUGCCUUCAUGGAUGAAGGAAGAGCAUGCAAAUGCCAAGCGAAAGAGAGAAGAAGCUUUGGCAAAAAGGAAGGAUGCACGUCUUAAACAUGUCAUCAUAUCUGAGAAAAUUGACAAGAAGGCGGAGAAACUACAUGCAAAAACGCUUCCGUAUCCUUUUACAUCGAAAGAUGUAUUCGAACAGAGCAUCCGGAUGCCUAUUGGACCUGAGUUUAACCCUGCAUCAACUGUUAGGGAUCUCAUCAAGCCAGAAGUUGUGAAGAAGUCUGGUAUGAUCAUAAAGCCAAUCAAAUACGAAGAAAUAGAUCCUCAUGAACGAAUAACCGAGCAGAAGCAACAAGGAAAGCAAGAUGGAAAGAGACAGCGAACGAGAAGUAAAAGUUCAGGCAAAAAAACAAGGCACAGUAACAAAAGAUAAAUUAAAGAGUGAUCCAUUCCAUAUGUUUAUCAUAACUUGUGUAUUUUAACUAAACACCCAAUUUUGUAUUGAUUAGGGAUUGAAUUGAUCAAAGGCCUUUAGUGUAGCAACAAGUUAUAGUUGGCAUUGGCGUGGUUUUAGUUAUGAGAGGUGUGGUGUGAGAGCUUUUGUGUUAGGUGGUGGUUGGGAAAUGGGAUUGAAUAGUUUAUAAAGUUGUUUUCUUUUCUGAUAUUUUGGGAAGUUUUUAAUUAUUUCUUUUUCUUCUUUUCUCCUUGUUUCAAAAAUAUGUAUUUGUGAGAUACAAUUGUUUGAUUCUUAAUCUUCUAAGUUUCAUAGUCA